AUGGGUUGGUGUGCAUUAAUACCGACAAUGUGCCAUCCGCGUAAAGAGAUCCCUUUUUGCUCUAUAAAGUCGCCAAGACGUAACACUCUCUACCGCGAUAUAGAACGAAAUUCUAGCUUAGCAUCCUUGGAGAAUCUUCGUCGAACCUCCGGAACGGAUGAGGAGUCCGCAAACAUAAAUGAGCCACCAAUAAACGAAAGUCUACAUCCUAAAUAUUCACUUCCAUUUUUUGAAAUCAGCGUUGCUGGACAAAAGAUAAAAUAA